UCAGACAGAACACACACAGGAGAAAAGCAAGCAGAAGACAACGAUAGCCCCGAAUGCAGCGAACCAGGAGCCAUGGAUCUGAAAUUCACUUCAUCAAGAAAAUACAUUUCCAUCAGUGUACCUUCCAAAUCUCAAGCUAUGUCUCCCCAUAUCAAAUCAGUAGAUGAUGUAGUAGUUCUUGGCAUGAAUCUCAGCAAAUUUAGCAAACCUACUCAAUUUUUCAUCUGUGUUUCUGGAGUUUUUAUGUUUUACCUAAUCUAUGGAUAUUUACAGGAAUUGAUAUUUUCAGUGGAAGGUUUUAAACCUUUUGGUUGGUACCUCACUUUAGUGCAAUUUGGAUUUUAUUCCAUUUUUGGACUAAUAGAAUUGCAGUUGAUUCAGGACAAAAGAAGAAGAAUUCCUGGCAAAACCUACAUGAUAAUAGCAUUUUUGACAGUGGGAACUAUGGGUUUGUCAAAUACCUCUUUAGGAUAUCUGAAUUACCCUACUCAAGUCAUCUUCAAGUGCUGUAAGCUGAUUCCAGUUAUGAUAGGUGGGGUUUUUAUACAAGGAAAGCGUUACAAUAUUGUAGAUGUGUCUGCUGCCCUUUGUAUGAGCCUUGGAUUAAUAUGGUUUACUUUGGCUGACAGCACAGUUGCACCAAACUUCAACUUGACAGGUGUGAUCCUAAUAUCCCUUGCCCUCUGCGCAGAUGCAGUUAUAGGAAAUGUACAGGAAAAAGCUAUGAAGUUGCACAAUGGCUCUAAUUCAGAAAUGGUUUUGUAUUCCUAUUCAAUAGGUUUUGUGUAUAUUUUAUUUGGAUUAACAUGCACUAGUGGAUUAAGCCCUGCAGUAACAUUUUGCUCAAAGCAUCCAGUUCAGACUUACGGUUAUGCAUUCCUUUUCUCCCUGACUGGGUAUUUUGGCAUAUCCUUUGUUCUAGCUUUGAUUAAAAUCUUUGGUGCCCUUCUCGCUGUAACAGUAACAACAGGAAGAAAAGCAAUGACCAUUGUACUUUCUUUUUUGUUCUUUUCAAAGCCGUUCACAUUACAGUACGUGUGGUCAGGCUUACUGGUUGUCCUUGGUAUAUUUCUUAAUGUUUACAGUAAGAAUAUGGACAAAAUCAAACUGCCUUCACUGCUUGGUGUUUGGAAAAAAAGUGUGGAAGAAAGAAAAUCAAGGACGUUGUCACAAACUGUAUAGACAGUGGUUCAUGCCUUGUCUAGACUUUGACUUACUAUUUUAUUGGAACAGUCUUCAACUGAUUCACUUUCCAAAGGGAAUGUUAUUAAAACCAAAGGAGCUGAAGGCAUAUUGUCUGCUUGCAGAUUGCUAUAAAUGCACACUUUUGUGAGCCCUUUCUUCAGAGCACUUGAAUUCAUCACAAACAGUUGUUGUAGGCCAUUGUCAGACGGUUUUAUCGGCAAUGAAGGACAGCAGCUCCUGGCAAACUGCUGAGAAGCUGCACUCAAGUGGGACAGUAGAAGACUAGUUUGGGCAUUUUAAUAAUAUUGGCCAUGUGGCUGAUCUGAGAUUAGUGGUUCUUUGUUAAUUGUCUAGGUGGGGUAAUUUAAAUGUAAUACUGUAUUAAUCACCAACUGGUUGACCAAAUUGUGAAUUUAAGGGUGAAAGGUUUAGAAUACAGUAUGUUGUCACUCUUUUACAUUUUAAAUAAAAAUGUUGGGGUUUUUUAAAUUAUCGUUUGGAUCAUCACAGAACUUGAUAUUUAUUGUAAUAAUUGAAGUUUUUAUGGAGAUUCUAGUGUUACUCUGAGUAUUGCUUGCAAGUAACAAAACUGAGAUUGAUUUUGUGCAGUCAACUCUCAUGCUUUUGCUAAGGAGAAAUGGUCUUUCUUUUAAAUGGGGUGAGACUGAAGCAGUGGAAUCUGUGGUGAAAUAUAGAAUUUUUAGUGGCCUAUGGCCCUCUCUAUCAUAGUGGUAUAAAGAGACAUGGAAUUUCUCCUUAAAUUCAUAUCAUCAAAUCAAAAUUGUUUGAUUUCAAUAUUGGAGUAAGUAAUAACAGCGUCAGAUAAUGUGAUUGAAAUAUGUACUGUGUCAGUCUGUGUGGUCUUCUGAUGAAGUUAAGAGGAUUAGGGUACAGAUUACGAUUUUCUUUCUUCAGUGGCAGGAGGAGACAAUGUGCUACCAAUCUGUCUUUUUCAUCAUGAAUUUAGGAAGACUAAGUCCAUUUAUCUCUCUUUCAUAGUCAACUUGGCUUUUGAAUCACUUUUCAUCUCUUUCACUUCAUAUAUUUAACAACAGCACUUUAAAAAUACUAAUCACCUUACAAAUCAUUGUUCUUAUGUGGUCAUGGUUUUUUUGUUGUGUCCCUUAGAUGCAUCUUGGUAGUGUGUGUUCUUUCAACUUAGACAAAAAUUAAUUGGAUAAUAGAAAUAUAUUGUGAGAAAGAACAUACAAAGAAUUUAAGUAUCUCACAGGAUGGCCUUCUGUCAGAAAUAUUAGUUAAUGAAAAUAUUCAAGAUGUACAAAAUGUUUUUCAGACACUUAGGAAGAAUUGUUGUUUAAAGGAGCUUGUAGUCAAAGCACAGACACAAAAUGUGCCUUAAAUUUUUUUUUAUUAAUUUGGUAGCUCUGUCUGUCACAUUAAGUACAUGAGGGAAUAGAGCAUGGGAUACCAGCCAUCUGAGCAUGGUGGGAUGAGCAAGAGAAGAGCUGUGCUGACAUAACUGCACUGUUCCCAGUGCUGACACUUUUCUGGGGUGUCAGCAAAGCCUCUCAACACAUACAAACCCACUGUUGCCAAUUCGGGAGAAUUUAUUGCAUGGGACAGUUUUAGCUUUUAAAUUCCCAGCUGCUGCAUGAUUGAUUGUGUCCUGGAUGGGGUAGAGAGGUGAGAAUUGGAUGUACAGAUACACCUUGAAAGAGACAGAUGGCCUGCCAUGCCUGUCUGUUUUCAUGUUGCAGCCAAAGUUUUAUAGUAAAGUAUGAUAAAGCAUUCCAAUUUCAUAUUUGGUGUAAGAGUGC